AUGGCACCUCUCCUUCUCACGCAUUUCCGCGCACGCCACCGCUCAGUCCUCACCACCCUCUUCUCCGUCACCUUCCUCGGCGCCGUCGCCAUUGUCGCCUUCCCCUGUCCAGCAAAGGAGCGUCCAGACUCGGCCUUCCCCCGCUUCUCCACGUCGGCCGCCGUCUCCACAUAG